AUACAAUAUGUUAAAGUAAAUAAUAUUUACCAAAUGCUAAAUAGUUGAAAUUUGAAUUAAAAAUUCGAAAAUGAUUUUGUAAAUUGUAUGUUAAAUUUGCCAAGUAUGAACGAAGAAAUGGAAAAAUGUGUACUUCAAAAUAUUCCUUGGGCUAAUUUACCACCAGCCGUAAAACAAGGAGUUGGAAAUUCUCUAAAAGAGUAUAAAAAAUGUAUUUCUGUGUACAGCAUAAGGAAUCAAGUUCGAUACAAAACAAAUUUAGUGAGAACAGUUGUUAGAAACGAACAAAAUUACUAUGAAGAUUUGAUGACAUAUAGUAGAGAAAAUUUGAUGCUUUAUCCAUACCAUCUAUCUGAUGUAAUUGUUAAAGGACUAAGAAUAACACCAUUUCAAUUUUAUAUAUCAACGAUUAUACAUGUUAUGGAGUCAGACAAAAGCUAUGAUUCAAUUCCAAAUUUCACAGCAGUUGAUUGUCUUAGAAUACUAGGAAUCGGUCGUAAUGAGUAUAUUGAAUUAAUGAAUCAAUGCAGAACAAAAAAUAAACUUUUUAGAAGGAAAAAUGAAAUACGACCAAUGUUACCAUCUCAACCAAUAGAUAUAAAUCCAGAUCCUUGGUGGACUGUUGAUGUUGGAUGUUUGUUUGAAGAUGAUAUUAAAACCAUCAAUGAAGACGAAAAAAAAUUUAUUGACCAUAUAAUUGAUAAUGGACAACAAAUGGCUGGAAGCUUAGAUUACAAUAUACUCCACAGUCUUUACAAAAAAGGUUUAAUUUACUAUGAUGUUCCAAUAUAUGAUGAUGACCAUAUAAUAGUAUCAACGCUUGGUGGUUUUGUUAUGAACAGAGUGCUUGGUGAUAAUUUUGAAAAUCUACUUUAUAAAAUUUUUGUAUCUAUUGAUGAACACACUUCAGUUAGUGAGUUGGCUACAGUAUUAGAGAUUGAUUUGGAAUCUGUUAAAAAUGCAGUCUCCUUAUUUUGCCGAUUGAAAAUUGCACAAAAGAAAAGUACUAAAAGUUUUUCUACUCAUUUAUCCUGGUCUGGUUCAAAGAAUAUACCAAAAUUAGAAAUAGUAAAUGUAGAAAAUGUAUCUGAUGUAUCUUCUUCAAUAAUAUUACCUACUGAAAUACCAGAUAUUCUUGAAUCAUCGCCAGAUAAAAGUAAUGCUGAAAAAAGAAUGGCUUUUUUGUUUGAUUCAACUCUUACAGCAUUUUUAAUGAUGGGUAAUCUGUCCCCUAGUCUAAAAGAUCAUGCAGUUACAUUAUUUGAAGCUGGCAAAUUGACUGAUGAAGCAUUAAAUGUGUUUUUGGAUGAACUUGACAAAGUUGCAGACGGUUAUAGUUCUGGUAGUUGUGUUUUUGGAAGUGAAACUCCUAGUGCAAGUGAAAGUGAAGGCGAAGCUAGAAGAUAUUUUGAACAUGCAUUAACACUCAGAAGUACUGUGAAAGCAUUGAGAUCAGAAAAUUGCUCCGGUAAACUGGAUCUUAUUCGAUGGGAAAGUCUUAAGUCCUUAACAGCAGAUACAUGUGUUAGAUUUUUGAAAAAAAAUUACAAUUUAUUAAUGUCAAUGGCUCCUUUAAACAAAGAAACACCUCUUUUAACAUCACCAAAAUUACCACAUAUUGGUCCUCCUAUACCUGAAGUUAAUUCAGUUUGGUUUAAAUUAUAUUUAUAUCAUAAAACAUGUUAUGGACCUCCAUCACUACUAUUGAUUAGAGGUGUACGCUUGUGGAAUGUUCCUAAAAUGUUUCGACAUUGUUCUAAAGUAAUGAUAACUACUUGGGGACAUGAUCCACAUUUUAUAUCUAUUGAAAACUUAUUAACCAUUAUUAAUGACACAUUAAAAGAAUCACCAGUUCUUAUACAAGCUUGUAAUCCAAAUACUUGUGUAUUACCAUUUCCAAAAAUGAACCAUUUACAAAAUGAACACUCAUUUUUAUAUGAAGAAAAUUUUUUAAAAAGUCUAUCAAACGUUUUAAACAUUGAAAAUACAUGUGGUUACAUAACUUGUGUAACAACACCUACUAAAUAUGAGAAGAAAUUUACUUCAGAACAAUCCAGUGAUGUUUCACCUGUUUUUCAAAAAAAUGGAGUAUCUCUCUUAAAAGAAGAAUUAGAUAAAUUAAAUGAUGCAACGUGCAUAAAGAAAACACUGCUACUAGAACCUGUUUAUGAUACAUCAGAAUGGACUUUGUUAGACUGUUGUUUUGGAGUGCCACUUUUUAAUUCAGAUAUCAACCAAAACAUUUGUAAACAUAUUGUAGAAAAUCAAAUGUGGAAUGAAGAAAAUGUUAUGAAACUUGUGGAAUCAAAUGAGUUAUUAUCAAAAGAUUUAUUAAAUUUUAUUGAGUUAUAUAAGGACUCUGACAAAGAUUUUGAAGAUUUAUUACCAUUUGAUAAAUCAUCAAUAGCAUGGCCUGUUGAUUGUUUGAUAUUCGAAAAUGGAAAAUUGACAGUAUGGAAGUAAUUAAGUGUAUUAAAAAUUAUUAUUUUCAUCAUAUUAUUCAUAAUUAAUUUAUUACUAUAAUUCCAAUAAUAUGCAAGUUAUAUACAAUUUUGUUAAAUUAAUUUUA